CCAUAUUGAAAAUUUUACUUAAUAAUGAUUCCAAUUGAAGAAGCUCCGACUAGAGAAAGACCCUUUUACAAAGUGCUACUGGACCUCAACCAGGUCGAGGAAAUACAGGAAGAUUUUGGGGAAAUAUUAUAUGAAACCAGUCAAGACAAUUUCCCCGAACAAAAGAAUAUUAUUAAUUGAUCCACAAAAUGAGAAAAUUCACAUAUUUGAGACACUGAGGACAAUUUGACACCUGAUUUAAGAAGCCACAAGGAAGAAAUCCUUCCCUUUGAAGGAGAUUAUUAUGAGACCAGUAAUUUCGAAGCCGCCUGACAAGCUGACAGAAUUCUCCUCAAAUCUUAUAAAGAUGCUCGAAGAAUCCCGCAGCCAUUCGAUUCUGGGAACCAUCAGAAAGACAAAUUGAUUCAGAAAGUUGCUAUAGCUAAAAUUGAGGAUUUGGGAUGCUCAGAAAAUUCAAAAACUACCAGACCACAAAAUAUAAAUCAUUUUAGUUAUAAAGAAUCUCAGCCAGUGGAAAAAGAAGGUAGCAAGCUGAAGAAGAUGCCAUUCAGUUUGAAGACAGUAAUUCAGGUUCCACAACAGAAUCGCAAGAGGAAAUCACCUCUUUCGAUGACCAAAAAUGCUUCUGGGAAUUACACGAUGAAGUAUGAUUCUUUUCUUAAAAGUCUCAGAAUGAAGAUUCGCAAAGGAUGUACCAUUAAGAGAAAGAUUAAACAGAUUCAAAAAGAAAUUGAUAGAACAGCCCAAGAGAAGGCCUAGAUUCCCAAAGCUAAUAUUAUAGCUUGAAUAAUUAAGAUUUAGAAAGAACAGUCUUCCAAAAAGUCACUCGUCUUUAGGGCUCUUU